AUGUUUGGCAGUUUUGUUCUCGCGGGGGUACUCGCUCAGAUUGCAUGGGCAGGAAAAGCAACAGAGCGCGCGGCUCACUGCGCAGAUAACACUAAUUGCGCAGCAGACGCAUGCAACGUUCUGAUCGGUGGUAAAUUGUAUUGCUCUCGAUGUAACACAGGAUUUGUUCCUAUCAAUGGACAAUGUGCAGACAAAGAAGGUGCAACAGAUAAGUGCAAAGAUGGCUCCGGAGGCGAUACAGCUGAUCAGACCUGUGGACAGUGCGCCGAGCAGACUUUCAUGUACAAGGGCGGCUGUUACGAAGCAGCCCAGCAGCCCGGACAGACCAUGUGUCAGGCGGCAGAUGCUGGAGUAUGCACACAAGCCGCGCAAGGAUACUUCGUGCCGCCGGGCGCAGACGCCUCUCACCAGUCGGUCAUACCAUGUGGAGACGAAGAGGAAAUAACAGUUAAAAACGAUAAAAAGUACAAGGGCGUGCUGCACUGCACUCGGUGUAACGCUCCCACAGAAGCAGCAGAUGCUAACGCCAAGGCCGCCACGUGUACUGCGUGCGGCGAUAGCAAGAUCGUCAAGACAGCCAAGGACUCAGCCACCUCCUGCGUGACAGAAGAAGAGUGCACCGGCACCGAAGGGUUCUUCGUGAAAAAUGGCGGCACCAAAACCUGUGAGGCGUGUGAUCCUGGUUGCAAGACCUGUAAGACCGAGGCUGCGAAGUGCACCUCCUGUAAGGACGACAAGCCGUACCUGAAGAAGGAUAAUGGCAGCGACACUGGCACGUGCGUCACCGAAGCUGAGUGCAAGACUGGAAACACCCACUACCCCGACGACACUGAGCCGAAGACGUGCAAGACGUGCGCCGAGGGGACCUCCGACGGGUGUGCGACGUGCGAGAAGGGCGCCGAUGGAGCAGUCGCCUGCAAGACGUGCGGGUCUAAUAAGAAGGUCCAGCCAAACAAGAAGGGGUGCAUAGCAAAGUGCCCGGAGACGGUGAGUGCCGAGAAGGAUGGCGUUUGUGAGUGCGUCGAGGGCUACGUUCCCGACAACGCGGGCACCGGGUGCACGAAGAAGCCCGACCCCCAGUGCAACACCCCCGGCUGCAAGACGUGCAGUGAGCCGAAGACAAGCAAGGAGGUGUGCACAGAGUGCGAAGACCCCAAGGCCCUCACGCCCACGGGCCAGUGCAUCUACGGUUGUGAGCACCUGGAAGGCUACUACGAGGGCACCAGCGAGGGGGGCAAGAAGGCCUGCAAGAAGUGCGAGGUCGAGAACUGCCUCCUGUGCAACGGGCAAGGACAGUGCGAGACCUGCAAGGACGGGUACUACAAGAGCGGAGCCGCCUGUGCCAAGUGCAAUACCUCGUGCAAGACGUGCGCGAACGGGAACUCCAACGGGUGCACGAGCUGCGAGCCUAAGCAGGUCCUCAGCUACGAAGGAGAGGGCACGGGGACGUGCAAGCCAGGCUGCAAGCCAGUGAGCGGCGGCAAGGAUGGAACGUGCAAGAGCUGCGACCUGAACAUAGACGGGACAAGCUACUGUUCUGCCUGUAACGUGGGCACGGAGUAUCCAGAGAACGGCGUGUGCGUCAAGAAGUCGGCCCGCACAGCCUCCUGCCAGGCAGAACCGAGCAAUGGUGUGUGCGGGACAUGUGCAAGGGGCUUCUUCCGCAUGAACGGGGGCUGCUACGAAACGACCAAACUCCCUGGAAAGAGCGUCUGUGAGGAGGUAGCAUCGGCCGGCGAUACCUGUCAGACUCCGGCCGACGGAUACAAGCUGAAUAAUGGCGCGCUCAUCACUUGCUCGGCCGGAUGUAAGACGUGCACCAGCCAGGACCAGUGCGACACGUGUAAGGCUGGAUAUGCUAAGGAUAGUGGUAACACUAAGAAGUGUGUUCCCUGCGCCACUGGGUGCUCCGAGUGCAAUGCGGACGACGCCACCAAGUGCACGGUGUGCGCUGCAGGGUACUACCUGUCCAAAGAAAAGUGUAUAGCAUGCGACAAGAGCGACGGGGGAUCCAUCACCGGCGUCGCCAACUGCGCUAGCUGUACUCCCCCAACCAACAAUAAAGGGUCUGUCCUCUGCUACCUCAUACAGAACACCAACAAGAGCGGUCUCAGCGCGGGCGCUAUCGCGGGGAUCUCCGUGGCUGUCAUCGUCGUUGUGGCUGGUCUCGUAGGGUUCCUCUGCUGGUGGUUCAUCUGCAGAGGCAAAGCGUAG